AUGCGCUCCGCAAUCUUCAUUUCUGCCAUCUCCCUUCUCCCAGCUGCAUUCGCAGCUCCUCUCGACAUCACAACCAGAGGCUGCGUUGGCCCAGAUGUCAACUCUGCCACCAUCGCCCUUGUCAAGGAGUUUGAGGGUUUCGUUGACUCCCCUGCCCCAGACCCAGUUGGUCUCCCAACUGUCGGCUAUGGCCAUCUUUGCCAGACCAAAAACUGCGGCGAAGUCAGCUUCUCAUUCCCGCUCACCGAGGACAGCGCCACUAAGCUCCUCCUCCAGGACAUCAAGAGCCCUCAACAAACAAUCACCUUGAAGACAGCUGAUGGCGUCCACUUGAACGAGAACCAGUACGGCGCCCUUGUCUCCUGGACCUUCAACGUUGGCCCUGGAAACGUUGCCACUUCUAGCCUCCUCAAGCGCCUCAACGCCCUCGAAGACGUCAACACUGUCCUCCGCGAGGAGCUCCCCAAGUGGAAGUACGGUGGUGGCAAGGUCCUCCCUGGCCUCGCCCGUCGCCGUGCCGCUGAGGUCGCUCUCGGCGAGACCGCCACUGAAGUUGGUGCUUUGCCUGUCGACUGCUAG